ACAUAUAGUUUUACAAUAAUUCCAUCAACCCCUCGACAUGAGUAACAAAUUACAAGGCAAAGUAGCCAUAGUCACCGGCGGUGCAAGCGGCAUUGGCGAGGCCACGGCCCGCCUCUUCGCCGAUAAUGGAGCUUCCAUGGUAGUAAUCGCGGACAUCCAAGACAAUCUCGGCUGCCAACUAGCCGAGUCCAUCGGCAACCACAGAUGCAGUUACGUGCAUUGUAACGUUGCCGAUGAAGGACAAGUGAAGUCCAUGGUAGAAGCAACGGUCAAUAAAUUCGGACAUCUCGACAUCAUGUUCAGCAACGCCGGGAUAAUGAGCAGCGAAAAGCAGACCGUUCUUGACUUUGACAUUACAGCCUUUGACCGUUUGUUCGACGUGAACGUGCGCGGCAUGGCGUCGUGCGUGAAGCACGCGGCGCGUGUGAUGGUGGAGGGGCGCGUGAGGGGGAGCAUAGUGUGCACGGCGAGCGUGGGAGCCAACCACGGGAUGUCAAAGGACACGGACUACUGCAUGUCGAAGCAUGCCGUGUUGGGGCUGAUGAGGUCGGCGAGCUUGCAGCUGGGGGUGCAUGGGAUUAGGGUGAACUGCGUCUCACCGAAUGGGAUGGCGACGCCGCUGACGUGCAAGGCGAGUGGGAUGGAGAUGGCGGAGCUUCAGAAAGUAUAUGAGAAGUUCGCGCGGCUGAGAGGAGUGGCGCUCAAGGCGGAGCAUGUGGCGAAGGCGGUGCUGUUUCUUGCGAGUGAUGAUUCUGAGUUUGUUUCUGGGCAUGAUUUGGUUGUUGAUGGAUCCUUUGUUCCCCCAUGA